UUUCGAGAAACAUGAUCUCAAUACUUUUACAUCUUGUAUUAUGUUGCUAACUUCAUAGGACAAGUUUGUGUUCAACGAUCGACAAGCUCAAGCAGGCUGUUCGAAGUUACAAUGUCAAAAACACAUAGUCCUACCGUAUUUAAUGGAGAAGCUGACAAUUUUUAUGAUCCCAAUUUUGCUUUGGACUUAAAUAAAAGGAUGCGUGUACCAAAAACUAUUCGUGUGAGCGGCGACUAUACAGAUGAAGACAUAAAUGGAACAAAUGGUUCUGCUUGGAAUCAAGUGGUUGCCGCAGAUAAAUACGACAUGCAUGUUCCGGAAAGAAUUUUAGUUGUUGGACAAGAGCAACACAUUGGAACAAAGGCUUUGCCAAGAGAAAUUGCAUUGGAAAAUGCUGUAUUACCUACUGAACAAGGCAUGGUCAGAGUACAGACUCCACCAAGAAUUUUAACAUUGGAUAAUCACUACUUCCCAGCAGUUGAUGAAGAUGAACGAACUUCGUAUAUAACAGAAGUUAAAGAUUCUGCAUUAUCCAGACCUCGUGUACCAUAUACUGUAGAAACAGAUGUAGUCGUUAGACAUGCUAGAGAACAGACACCUUCAUAUAGUGCACUCAAUGUUUCUAUUCCACCCAGUGAAGAGGUGCAACAUCUACGUCGACAAGUAGGUAAAUUAAAUCGUCGCGUUAUGGCUAUUGAACUGGACAUGCUGCAACGUCAGCAAAGAGAUAAAAUUUUAUAUGCGUUAACAUUAACAUACUUAAUUCUUAAAGCUUUCUCUUGGUUGACUAGAAAUUGAAUUCGUGUGACUAAAGUGGAGAAUGCUUGCAUCUUGUAUAGUAAAUGGACUAUUAAUCCAUAUAGGUACAAGAUGCCUUGCAAGAUAGAGUCUUGCUUCGAAAGAAAACUGAUAACCAAAAAAUCUUUACCUUGGAUAUACAAAAUCAUGAAGACGUUCGAAACGAACGUAUUGUAUAUAUUCAAUAUUUAAAAUAUAAAAAUAAAACUUUUUAAUAUCUAGUUUA